GAGGCUUUAAAGCAUACUGGCAGGUUUAAGAAAACUAAGUGUACAGCGUACAAAACAAUUUUACAGUACGUGAAACAAGAAAGAAAGUCGAGCUUACAAAAACAGGUUGGGCUCGCUAAAGUGGAUCAUGAUGAAGUCCUUCAGCUUUUAGAAUGUUUCAAUGUUGCAAAAACAUGGGUCAUCACCUCAUGGGCUCAGGAUACUACAGAAAAACAGAAAAUAUCCGGCUCAGCCGAAAUAGUUUACAAAGUUCAGGAAUCCUUUGUAAAAAUGAUUGUUCUCUUCCUGAAGCAUAUUGAGGAAGUAAAAAAGUUAGAUUGGGCAGCACAGGCCAGACUUCUUAGGAUGAAUGUGGCUGGUAUUCUGAUACUCGUUGUUGCUUCCUUCUACAACAAACAAACAAAAACAUUUCGGAUUCCGACUAAUAUAAACAAAGAACUUAAUUUCCUUGAAAUUGAUGAAACCUGGAUAAAAGAGAAGGCAGGCUCAGAGAUAGCCCGAGAAGUGUAUCAGGUGUCUAGUGUAUUAACUGCCUAUGAUCUAAACCUUGAAUCCUAUCUGAUCAUAAUCUGCAUUGUUCUAUUUACAAGAGAGGAUGUGCAGAUGGAGAAGCAGACGAAAGUAGAUCUUUGUCGGAACCAUUACUGUCGCCUCCUAGUCAAAUAUCUUUCAUCAAUUAAAAACGGGAAGAAGAUUUUAAAUUCUGCAAUAAAAAGCCUAUCUUACUCCGGGGUAAAUGCUUACACGAGUGUCAUCUAUUAG